AUGGGUAAUAAAUUAUAAGGAAGAGAUACUAUUUCUUAUAAAACUAAAAGUGGACUACUUUUUGAAAUACAAAUCAAUGAUCUUUAAGGAGCCAAAAAAUUUCCAAAGACACCUAAAAGAGAGGAUAUUUUGUUAAAAUAUAAUUAAUGGAUAUCUGAUGUUUAUCUCAAUAAUAUUUAUAAGGUUAUUUUGGAAGAUUCAGAUAUUAAACUCUUGUAGACAGUUGAAUCCAAAUAUAAAUUUCGUAUAUGCCAUAUUCAUGAUUAAAUAAUGGAAAAAAUAAAUUUGUAGAAAAGAUAAGAAUACUAGACUAAUCAAAUCUUUAUAGAUUAAUUAAAAAAAAGUAUAAAUAGAUUAUUUGAAGAUUAUAAUGAUGUAGAUAUAAGCAGUAAAAUAUUUAAUCAUGUUAUUAUAGGUAUUAGUAAAAGUCUUUCAAAUUCAAGUUGUAUUGAUCAAAAAGUUGAAUUACUUAAAAAUAUGAAUUUUAUAUCCUAUUUAACAGAUAGAUUAAUACUUUUAGAAGAAACAUCAAGAAUUACAAAUAAUUUUAGAGAUCAAAUUAGAAUAUUAGAACUAUUUUAAAUUAUAUUAAAUACCCAAAAUAUUAAUCAUAAGUCCUUAUUUUAUGAAUCUAAAUGUUUCAAAUCAAUAAUUCAAAAUUUCCACCCAGUUGAACCUAAAGUAACUGGUUUAGUUUUUAAAAUUAUAUCUGGAUAAAACGGAUUAAGUUGGAAAGAUAAUAAUUAUCAAAAUAUUUAAGAUGCUUUUGAAAAUUUAUAGAAUCUAUAUGCAUUCUAAAAUAAGUAAUCAAAAAUAAUUAUAAAAUUAGAUUUUAAAUAUUUAUUAGAACAAUGUAUUAUACUAAAAAUCUAAUAAUGAUUUAUUAAAUUAUUAAGUUUCUAUUUCGAUAUUUAUAUUCAUUAGAUGAUAAAAAUUAAUUAUAAGUUGCAACAGAACUUAACACUACAAAAGUAAAUGAUAAAUAGUUAGAAGAAGUUUUUAAAUAGAUUAAACUUAGAAUUAAAUUGAAUCUAUACAAAAAAGAAGAUUGUACUUAUGAAUCAGUUAGAAAUAUACUUAAUACAUUUGAACAUCCAUUAAUUUCUUUUAAUUAAGAUGAUCCAAGAUUAACAAAACAAUUUGCUUCUUUUAUAGAUUCAACUUAUGAUGAUAAAAUCAAUUAUGAAAGUGAUUACUGUUCUUCACAAAAUAUUUAGGAUCUAAAUUUUUUAUAAGAUUAAUAUUAUUAUUAUGAAGAGGGUUAGGAACAUGUAUUUAAAGCCAUUAAAUAAUCAGUUAUUGAAUGGAUUGAUGCAAUCUAAAAUAUAAGUUUACUCUCUUUAAAGGAGGAUGAGGUGGAUUAGUUUUUCUUAGAAAAUGAGACUACAUAACAUUAUGCUGUUAUUGGAGAAAAGGAUAUUAGCUCUUCUAAUUAAAUACUUUCUAAAACACCUAAGAAUAGUCAAUCUGAACAAGAUGAUUAAAAUUUAGAAUAAAAAAAUUAUAAAAGUAAAUACAAAGAAGCAAAAGAAAUAAUUAAUGAAUUAAGAAAUCAAUUAGAUUAAUAAACAAAACAAAAUAACUUAAAAUUAUAAGAAUUAUAACUUUCAAAUUAUAAAUUAAACGAAGAAAACAUAUAGACAAUUAAAUAAUUAUAAAAUUAAAUAAAUUAACUCUAAAAAGAAAUAUAGAAUUAUAAAACUCAAGCAUAAAACGAUUCAAAAUCCCCUUAAGUUUAAUUAAAUUAAUCUAAUAAUUCAAUUAAACAAUAACAAGAUUCACCUCCUAAAAAUAAUAUAGAUUCUUAAUAAUAAUAAUUAACACAAAUUUCAUCUAAUAUAACUACUAAAAUUUAAUCUCCACCUCCGCCACCACCACCACCACCACCUUCACAUAAUUAAACAACUGGAACAAAUCUUCCUCCACCUCCACCUCCGCCUCCUCCUCCACUUAUUUAAACAGCUGGUUCACCACCACCACCGCCUCCUCCUCUCAAAAUUAAUAAUUAAUAACCUUAACAAUUAAUUAGAAAAUAAUAACCUAUUCCAUCCAAACCAAUGAAACCACUUUUUUGGACAAUUAUUCCAGAUUCUAAAGCUUUCAAAACAAUUUUUGAAAAAAUUUAAAAUGAAGAUAUUACUUUAGAUACUUAAUUUUUAGAAAUGAAUUUUUGCAAACCUAAUGAAGUGUAGAAAUAAAUAGAUAAUUAAACUGAUGUUAAUGUUAAAAAAUAAAAAGUUAAGUUAUUAUAACCAGAAAGAUCUCAAAAUAUAGAAAUUAUUUUAAGUAAAUUACGUUUAAAUGUUAAUUAAUUUUCUGAUUCUUUACUUUCAUUAAAUCUAGAAGUAUUAACUGAAAAUUUAAUAAACUCUUUAAUUGCAAUUUGUCCUUCCUAAGAGGAAAUUGAUUUAUUGAAUGAUUUUACAGGAGAUAAAUCAUUAUUAGGUUAAUCUGAAUUAUUUAUAGAUUCAUUACGUAAAGUCAAUGGUUUUCAAUUUAGAAUUAAAGCAUUGCAUUUUAUGUAUAAUUAUCAUGAAAAUAAAUCAACAUUUCUAAAAUAGGCAGUGUAACUUUCUGAAGCUUUUACAAAUUUGAAGAAUUCUUAAGAAUUAUAGAUUAUUAUAUUGAUUGUGUUAAGAUUGGGAAACUUUCUUAAUUGUAAUAUAAAAUUUAAUAGUUAGCAAAGACACCUAAAGGAAACAUUGCAGCAUUUAAAUUAGAAGCUAUUGAAAAGUGUAAUGAUUUGAAAACAAUUGAUAAUUAAUAAAAUCUUUUAUAUUAUGUAAUUGAAAAAUCAGAAUAGAUUUUAAAAAAAGAUGUAAUAAAUUAAUAAAGUAAUUUAUAUAUUCUAUACUAUAGUGAUUAAUUAAUUUGAAAUUAUUGAAAAGAUAUCUUUAUCAUAACUUCAAUAAAGCUUAAAUGAAAUUAAAAAAGGUCAAAAUUUAAUUGUAUAAUCUAUUGAGUCUGCAUCUGAUAAUCCAAAUGAUCUUGUAGCAAUAUAAUUUCAACCUAUUUUAACUGAAAUUGAAUAAGAUUUUAUAAAAUUAAAAGAAGAAUUAUCAAAAGUUGAUAAAAAUUAUAAGGAAUGUUGUGAAUUUUAUUGUGAAAAUUAAUAAGAGUAAUCAGAUAAGUUUGGAGAAAAGAUAAUGAAAAUAUUUAGAUGUUUAUACAAAAAUAAAUAAGAAAAGCACAUAAAAUUAGAAAAAAUAAGAAAAGCUGAAGAGUAAAAAUUAAAAUUAUAAUAAUCUUAAUAAAAUGAAAAAUAGAUAACUAGAAAUGAUAGAGUAAACAAAACUUGGAUACCUUAAAAUUAAUAAGAUUAGGGAUAAAUAAAAAUUAAAAAUGGAAGAGAAAGCUUUGUAGAUAAAGAAAUUAAAGAAAUGUAGAAAUUUAAAAAUUAAAAUAAAUUUUUUCAUUGA